AUGGAUGAUCCUGAGGCCGUUGGCCUCCCCUUACGGCGCCUCGACCAGGUUGCGUGGGCGUACAGCCGGUAUACAGGCAUUUUUGAAAACCCAGACACGAUACAGGAACAAAUUCCCAACACCAACUACCUCGGUGCCGGCAUUGCCGACAAGAUACCCUGGAUGAUCGAAGCGCCGUUGAAUACCGUGGAAAUUAUCGAGGCUAUUUUGAAACCAAAGGAGCCCUUUCAAGUCUAUACUGCUCACCAUUUCUCCCGGGGAUGUGUAGAGGCUACUGCCUAUCGGGGUGAAAGAAAGCAGAAGCUUUACCAAGAAUAUUGCCGCUUCCAAGGCCGUUUAGAGAGGGACCGUCAGAUAAGUUUUAUAAUGGUUACCCAAUACGAUAUCUGGGCAAUUCGCGACGUUACAUGGCCAAUGUUUACACCGACUGUACUGAAUUAUAUUUCAGUUCCAUGGACCUUUCGGGAGAGAAAGACUCUUGAAAGUCCUUGGGCCCUUGUCUUCCACGGAAGAAAUGACCCAGUCACACAGGAUUACCAACACCGACUUGACUUAUUGGUGGACAAGCUUGAUAUUGCUGGCCGCAGCAUUGAUUCACGCAGCUAUCUACGACCUGGCACUAUCCCGCUUCCUGAGUGUAUCUGGGACUGGUUUGCUGGUAUCCCAGGAAAGGAGGAGGCUGCUUUCUAUUAUUGGCGCGAGGAUGGUGUUUCUACAGUACAAGAGAAGGACGGUUCAAACGAUUCAAGGCGAGAUGAUCUAGCCGAGACAGACGGUGAGGGAAGUCUGGACAUAGGAGUUGACGCAUCUACCUGA